AGCCAACGGGGCUCCGUCGGGCUACUCUUUUUAUGGGAGGAAAAGCACUUUUCUCCGUCCCCGCGGCCUCCGUACGCUUUUUUCACAUUGGGUACGUGAAAGCGCCGGCGGCGAGCUAACGGACCUUCUUCUAUCGUCCUUCUCGAAACGCGCGCGACCCUCGGAGGCAGUUGGCCGUCAAAUUACGUCCCGACGGUGACUCGCGAGAGACAAGAACGGAAAGAGAGAAAAAAAGAGGCCGACGUAGCGAAAAAUAACAACUGUUUAGUGUCAGUGGGCGAGAGACGACGAGAGAAAGAGAGGAGAGUUCGAGUCAUUCGUUAUUUAACACACGCACGAACGCACGGUGAACGUAGCGUAACAAUCUCGCAGCUACAAAUAUGUUUAUUUGGGACUGGUUCGCCGGAGUGCUGAAUUAUCUCGGGUUAUGGAAGAAGAGUGGCAAACUUCUCUUCCUGGGUUUGGAUAAUGCAGGCAAAACUACCCUGCUUCACAUGCUCAAGGAUGAUCGUUUAGCUCAACACGUGCCAACGUUGCAUCCAACUUCGGAAGAAUUAUCUAUUGGAAACAUGAGAUUCACUACCUUUGAUCUCGGAGGCCAUACUCAAGCACGUCGAGUGUGGAAAGAUUACUUCCCGGCUGUCGAUGCGAUAGUAUUCCUCGUUGACGCGAGCGACAGGACAAGAUUAUCUGAGUCAAGGGCCGAACUCGAUGCGUUGUUGACCGACGAGCAGCUCAGCGCGUGUCCCGUUCUGGUGCUAGGCAAUAAAAUCGACAAACCAAGCGCAGCGUCCGAGGAUGAACUCAGAAAUUUCUUCAAUUUGUACGGACAAACCACAGGGAAGGGUAAAAUUUCUCGCAAUGAGAUACCUGGCCGUCCACUGGAGCUUUUCAUGUGCUCAGUCCUGAAGAGGCAGGGAUAUGGGGAAGGCUUCCGUUGGCUCGCACAGUAUAUCGAUUGAAAACGUAUAUAUUAUUAUAUCCAACACACACAGUCAGAUUUUUCGACAGUUUCAUGAACAUUUUCCUUCUCUCUGGUUCUUGGUUAGUUGACGUCGUUGACAAUGUCGGGAUAUUGAAACUGUAAUGAUUCUCUUUAUGCGAAUUCGAUAGUAGGAGAGGAAUACCGUUUCACUCAUGCUGAUAACAGACACAGUCGCGGAAAUUUGAAAUCGUACACACACAAGUAGAGAGAGAGAGAGAGAGGGGAGAUUCUCUAAAAGAAAAAGAGGCGAGUAUUAUCAGGGACGCUUUGCUGUAUGAUAGAACUCGUGGAUUUUGUUUUUCUUUUGACAUGUAAACACGCGCGAAGAGCCUGGCGCCGUCACCUUCCUCUGUCUCUCUUUCUCCCUUUCUUCGAAAGGGACGUCCCUUUUCCGCAGAUCCGAUGUGGAUUCCUGUUCAUUUUGCGAGUCACAACUAGGGGAAUCAUCGACAUACUGGAUAAUAAAAUAAACGUUUUGAUAAAUAAAAACUGUAAUAAACUAUUUAAGAAUUC